CUCCCUCACAAAACUUUCCCGGCAAACGACUGCCCAGAAAGAUGAAACCCACCAGCAAAGUCUCGCCGCGUCAAACAUCACCGUCCGCUCUUCCAAUCCCGCCCAAAACAAACCCCGUUCCGUCUCCCUGAAGUACUCCCAUUUUAAAGUCAGUCUUCCGCCUUAGAGCUCGGAGGGUUUCCAGGUCCCUUCGAGGGUUACUAUUCCACCAUGGCUUCCCCCAACCAGGCUGCCGCGUUGGAGUUGGUCGAAGAGGGGCAGAACCUAGCGCGGGAUACCGUCGCUCCCGAGGCCGAGCAAACCCCAACUCCGGAGGAGCAGGGGAAUGGCCCGAGCCUCGAAGGAAAUGGCGAUUCCUCAAGCGGCGGAGGAGCUGGGUUUUCCGGCCCGGAAGAGGAGAGUUCCAAAUAUGCCCUAGCCCGCGCGGAUGAGUUUUUCGAGAAGGGAUCGAAGGCGAUAGAGGAUGGGGAUUUCGUUGAUGCCGUGGAUUGUCUGAGCCGCGCCCUAGAAAUCAGGGUUGCACAUUAUGGAGAACUUUCUCAGGAAUGUGCUAGCGCCUAUUAUAAAUAUGGAUGUGCACUAUUAUACAAGGCUCAAGAAGAAGCUGAUCCAUUGGGUAAUAUUCCUAAGAACACUCCAACAAACCUGGAGAAUGAUAAAACUAGUAGUAAUGUGGAAAAUAGUGGAAGCUCAAAGGCUUCUUCUACUGAUGCAAAAGAAGACAUUCCAUGUGGUGACAAUGAGGAAGCUGGUGAAGAUGGCAGUGACAAGGAUCAGGAAGAUGGUAAUGAGGAAAGUGAAGGAGAUGGUGAGGUUUUGGCAGAAGCAGAUGAAGAUGACUCUGAUUUAGAUCUGGCAUGGAAAAUGCUAGAUGUUGCUAGAGCAAUUGUUGAGAAGUGCCCAGAAGACUCUUUGGAGAAAGUAAAUAUUUUGGCUGCUCUAGGAGAGGUGUCCAUGGAAAGAGAGGAUAUUGAGACUUCCCUCAGUGACUAUCAGAAAGCUUUAUCCAUUCUGGAACGUCUGGUUGAGCCAGAUCAUCGACGAAUCGUUGAAUUAAAUUUUAGGAUAUGUUUGGUGUUGGAGAUCGGGUCAAAGAUUGAAGAGGCUAUUCCCUAUUGUGAAAAGGCUAUCUCCUUGUGCAAAUCCCGUACACAAAGACUCAAGGAAAAUGCAAUGGGGUCAACAGAUUCUGCAGCAGCCAAUGGGGACUCUAUGUCUGAUGCAGGUAAAAGUGGCAAUUGCGCUGGUGGAACCAGUUCCAGAUUGUCUAAUUUGAAGGAAGAGAUGGACUGUCUUGGUGGCAUCGUGACUGAGCUUGAAAAGAAGCUCAAAGACCUGCAGCAAAUCAAGUCAAAUCCAAGCCCUAUUGUGUCUGGAGUUAUGAAAGCAUUUGCUUCUAAGUCAUCAUCUGGUGAGAAUAACCUGCCAGAGAAUGCAUGCAGAUCUUUUUCUUUGAGCUCUUCACAAAUGGGAACUACUGGUGCUGGUUUUGAUUCACCAUCUAUUGCUACUGCUGCAACGAAUGGUGGUGUAACACAUCUGGGGGUUGUAGGGAGAGGCAUAAAGCGGGCAACUGUAAGCCCAGCUGGUGCAGAGCCAUCUCUGAAGAAGCCUAUGUUGGAUUCAUCUUCAGAGAAAGCUGAUAGCAGCCCUUCAGAGGCUAUCAAUUCCAUAGCCCAAGAUUCUUAAACUUCAUGAAAGAAAGUACUCAUAUGCUGCUCUUAUUUUUCAGCUUUUACUGUAUGACUUAAUGCUAGUGCAAUGUAUGACUUCUGUCGCUUGAUUGCUCUGAACUUGUAUUGUUCCAGUAGGAGGUUUGAUAUGCUGCUAUUCUGUUAGCUUGCUACUUGCUGAAUGUAGAUCUACUUUGUAUGGUUUCUUACUUAGAGCUUGCUUUUCUAGC